GUUCAAACACAGCAGAAACAGAAACAGAGACGAGCUUUUACCAUGAUUCUAAUCCUGCUGCAAGUUCUUGCCAUCCUUGGCGCUGGAGUGGUGGCCCAGAAAAGCUCGCCCAUUGCCAACUGGCAUAUGGGUGAUCCGCACUACACGAGUGACCAGUACGCCAAGAUCCUGGGCGAAGCGGGCCUGGGCCAGGAUGCGGAUGACAAGGAGCACAAGGGCCUGGGGCCCAUGCAGAUCCAGUACGUGGACUAUCAGCCAAAUUGCCAGCCAGGCGGCGUGCCAGUCUGUGCCACCAAUGGCACCGAUAGCUUCUACUUCGAGAACAACUGCCGCUUGGAGGCGGCCAACAUGAAGAUGCUCUUCCAGCAUGGCACAGAACUGGAGCCCACGGAGAUGGAGCGCUGCCUGCCCACCUGCCAGACGAUGAAGUGCACCCAGGUGGCGCGUCCCGUUUGCGCGCUGGCCGAGAUCGCAGGCGCUGUGCCCCAGACGUUCGCCAACGAGUGUGAGAUGCGACGACGCGAGUGCCACACGAAACAGGUCCUGCGAAUCCUGCACAAGGGUCCUUGUCAGACGCCCACCAAAAGUGGGCACAAAAAGAAACUGCGUCGCAACAAGAAAAAGCGACCAACAUACCAGGCCUCCGUUUCCAAGUUCGCCAGCAUUCCGAAGAAGGUAUACGUAAUGCUGGCCACUCCUGCUCCGCGGCGCAGCAGCACCACGCCCAGGAGGAGCUCCGUCACCACGACCACCACCAGAAUCACGACGACGCCCAGGAUGAGGCCCACCAAACAGACCAGCACCAGUCCCUCGCCCAUGCAGUUCCAGCAGCUGAUGAGCCUGGCCAAUCCCAUGGUCUCCGUUUCCCAGGCCGUGGACGCCUACAAUGUGUACAAUAUACCCGAUGUGGGUCACGAUUACGGCGAGAUAACCGACUCCUCGCUCUCCAUGUUUCUGCCCGAAGUUGGUCGUGUCACGGAACCCUAUUCCAUGCCCAGUAGCACCACUACCAAAACCAGCAGCACCACCACAUCCUCCUCCACCACAACACCCAAGCCCGUUUUGGCCGCAACCAGGAUCAUCAAUCCCUUGAGCACCAGCACUGUCCAAUCCUUUCUGUCUGCACGGAUGCCCAGCACCACGGAGAUGGACGAGGAAACCAGCACGGAAAAUUCGGAGGCGAUUACACAGGCAAUGAGCACCACUCACAAAUCCACGGCAGCUGCACAAACCAAAGUAGUUUAGGAACUACAUAUGUAAAAAGUAACCUAAUAUUUAUUGAAAAUAUUUAUUCAGCUGUUUCGAAUAUACUUUAAAUUAUAAAAAACAACAUUAUAACUUUA